AUGGCCGAAGUUGACAGGAGCUUGCGAUCAGUCUUCGAAGACGCAGAGACCAAGCGAAGUAGCAUCGAGAACAGCUACGACUCCAACUCGUCGACCUUCCAGGACAACGUCCGUUCCGCACUACAGCUGUACGAACAGUGUCUCCAAAUAGCAGAUCGUAUAUCGCUAUUCAGCCCCAACGAGACCCUCGAAGACAUCAACACCGCCGACCUGCAGUACCUUCUCCUGAACUAUCGCCUCGCGGAUAUCGUGUUACGACUCAACAACCUGAGCCAGCGGAAGGCGAACUUACAGCAAGCACAAGCACGAUAUGAGCGAUACCUGAAGCAGCUGGACAGCUACGACAUCCUCCCCAAGACCGACGCUGCGUUGCUAGAGCAGUACCAGGAUGCACCAACCACUUUCUCCACAGCCUCGACCUCGGAUCCAGCAGCAAGACGGGAUGCAAAGAUCAGACGCUUCAAGGAGGAGAAAGCCCUGAAGCAAAAGCUCGAGUACAUGCGUCGAAACCCCACCGUCCUACACAACGACGACAGCGCAUACCGCGAACUCCAGCUCACAGAGAUCGCCUACUGCACCCACCAGACUUUCCAAUCCCUCGAGUCCAUCGGCCAAGAACUCCACAUCCUCUCCCUUGCUCCUCCCUCUCCGCCCCCAGAAUACCAACAACGAGCACCCGAUACCCGCGAACGCGAUUCCCGCCUCGGAGCACCCUACAGCGAACGCCUCGACUCCUCCCACCUCUCCGCCGGCAUGCGCGGACCUCUGCUAGAUCCCAAAGGCAAGCCUCUCCGACCUUUCACGCUCACCUCGAAGCGCCAGGAGCUGCGCGGUGGGGUCUUCAGGCCUGAUCACAAUUUGCCAACUAUGAGCAUUGACGAGUACUUGGACGAAGAGCGGAAGCGAGGCGGCAUGAUCGAGGGUGGCGGGCCGCAGAGCGGGAUUAAGCCGCAGGUGGAUGAGGAUGAUUACGAGUUGGCGGAUCGGGAGACGAUGAAGGCGAGGGAGUGGGAUGAGUAUGUUGAGGCGAAUCCGAAGGGGAGUGGGAAUACUUUGAAUCGGGGAUGA